UGGAAGCAAACAAACUAUUUCAGUUCUCAUUACUCACAAUAAGGACUGUAUUUAGUUAAUCACUAAUAGAUGUGUCAGCUGACUAUCUAAGGGCUAUAUAAUGGCCAAGCUGCUGCCACAGUCUGCGGCAGAGGAUACCGACGGUAAUAAAGAUGCGUGGUGUUUUUGCUAGUUGUGCGAUUGCAGCCUUGCUGCUGGCUCUAACAUUGGCCUUCCCAGAUCCUACUGACAACGGGCACAGCCGUGACACAAUCCUGAUGCGCAGCCGUCGCCAUGGCCAUGGGCACAGCCAUGACAAUGGCCACGGGCACAGUCACGACAAUGGCCACGGGCACAGUCACGGCGGUGGCCAAGGGCAGGACCAUGACAGCACUCACCGCUACCACCAUCCUCCUGGGGAGGAUUACGACCACAGUGGAGACAAAACCAGCCAAAUCCUGUUCAAGCCCAACACCGAGUUUGCUGCACAGUUCUACAAGAAUCUGAAGGCUCACACCACUGCUGGGGAGAACAUCAUGUUCUCUCCAUGCACUAUCGCCUUGUCUCUGUCCAUGUUGUUAGCGGGGGCCGAGCAUGACACCUACAACCAGAUGCGUGAUGUCCUCCACUACAACAUCCCAAGCCUGAACAAGACCAAGAUCAACUAUGCGUAUGAGCACAUCACCCACAUGCUUUUCUACCACCAGGAUCAGAUAGCUUUAAUCAGCGCUUUGGCCUUGGGCUCUGGCUUCGAGCUUGAGAAGGCGUAUAAUGACAUUAUUAAGCAUUACUACCAUGGUAACACCGUUAAAGUUGACUUUGCCGAACAAGCAGAGGCAGUGAAGCAGAUCAACACCUUCAUUGCCCAGGAGACCAAGAACAAAAUAACAGACCUGUUGAAAGAAGUGGAUGCUGAAACAGUUAUGAUGUUGCUCAGCAGUAUGUACUACAGCGGAACUUGGGCCAACAGCUUCGACCCAUCCAAGACGACAAAAGCAGACUUCCAUGUGAGCGAGACCAAAAAGGUUACGGUGGAUAUGAUGCAGAAGAACGAGAAUCUUGGCUUCUACGAGGACAAUGAGAACCAUGUCACUGUUGUUAAGACCCAUUUCACGGGCAAUAAUUCCAUGAUAAUCGUUCUGCCCGAUGAGGGCAAGAUGGAGGAGGUAGAGGCUAAACUUGACUUUGCUCUCAUCGAUCACUGGCGGACCUCAGUCUCCCCAAAGUCGGUGGAUCUGUACCUGCCUAGAUUUUCCAUCUCAGCUGAUGGCAAAGUGGGUGAAUUGCUAAAAGAGAUGGGUAUGACCAAUGUUUUUGAGGAUACUGCUGAGUUCAUUACGAUCUCAAAGAAUAAGAAUCUCAAACUCACUCAGAUGUUCCACAAGGAUGUGCUGACCAUAAAAGAGGACGGAUCCGGAACAGCUACCGAAGUGGGGGACAGUCUGGCUGUACCAGUGACACUAAACAGGCCUUUCCUGUUCUUCAUCUUACAGCAAGAUAUAAAGAGCUUCCUCUUCAUGGGCAAGCUCAGCGAUCCAACUGCCAACUAACAGGGGGCAAGCGAGGGAAAUGAGCUUUAAGAGCAUCAGUUUCCUUGUGAUGAUCAGGUCAAUAUCAUUGUCAUUGUCUCCUCCCCUUUAUAAUUGUAACAUGUUAAGCACUUCUGUUCUUUUACCCGCCAAAUGAAUUUAAAUGGCAGAAGUACAAAAGUAACAAAAGUCAAAAGAAGUGAGAAGUUUUUAUACACACUCAACAUACAAGCACAAAAAAGUGUUUCGCUGGUUGUGUAUGUAUGGUUGUUGGUGUUUUGGCUUUCUUGUAGAAACCCAAACUACAUUAUGAGUUGGUAAUGGUAGUAAACAAUUACUAACUUCGAAGCGGCAUCUGUCCUUCAAUUCCCACUUAUUCAAAGACGAGCAAAUGAAUGCCCUAAAGAAUCACAGGAUGUGUUGUAUGAAUUAAAUUUUUUCUGGGGGGGGGGGGAA